ACUUAAGUCUCUUUGGAUACUUUAUGCUCUGAAAUUUCUCUGUCCGUCUUGUCGGAAAACUCCAACUCCUCUUAUUCAUUCAUAAAUGUUCCCAUCGUAUACUGUCCCACUCACAUUCCAAUGAAAUGACUCGCACCACUUCCCAUACCCGUACCCGAACCCGAACCCAAACCCGCCGUCUUUCCUCUUGUUACCGUCACCCAUCAGAACCGGUCACCGGUAUCUGCCCCGCAUGCCUUCGUGAACGCCUCUCCGGUCUUGACCCUUCUUUCGGACCCGAACCCGCUUUGUUUUCUCCGGAUCUACGUCGUUGUAGGUCUGUUACUGCUGCCACGUGUCAAGGUGAAGGUUCAUCUGAGCCACGUCGGAGAUCUUGUGAUGAUAGGUCCUCAAGAAAUAAUACUCUUGAAAAUCUUUUAAGAGUUGAUGGUGGAUUAACAAAUGUUGAAUCGAAGAACCUGGGAUUGACAAAUUUGUCUGAUAAUGUUUGUCGGUCAAUAGUGGAGCAUAAAGAUAAUGGAGAAGUUAGGGUUUGUUCUAAUGCAUUGGUGAGAAUAGUAGAUGUAGAAGAGGGUAAUACUCAAGAUGGAGACUUUAAGACAAUGAAAGAGUUCAUUGAUCUUGAACUUCACACGAAAAAUAACAAGUUGAGGGAUUUUAAAGAUAUUGCUGUGAAUUUCAGGGAAGCAACUUCAGUCUUUAGUAAGAAAUUGCAGAAAUGGAGACAAAAACAGAAGGAAAAGAAGGUUAAUAGCAAGUUGAUAGGUUAUAAAUCGAAGGAUAAUCGGUCUGAGAUUGGGGAAUGUGUAAUUGGUAGGAGAUCUUGUGAUAUAGAACCUCGAUUUUCAGUUGAUGAAGGUCCGAGGAUUUCGAUUGAUGAGCCUAGUAGAGCUUCUUGGGAUGGAUAUAUGGUAGCUAGGACUAUUCCAAGGCUAACACCAAUGUUAUCGGGUGUUGAAAAUGUGCUUUUAGGGAAUGGAAGUGUUGGGUUUGAUAAGCAUCGAGCAUCGCUUGAUGGGCAAAUGCAGGCUAUAGUAGAAGAUGAGAGUAUAAGUUCUGGUGGAUCAGGGCAGUCCAAUUCGGAUUCUUCUUCGUCACAAAGGGGAAGUAGUUUUGAUAGGUCUAGUUCUGUUCGGAGUUUUGGCAAGAGGACAUUGGAUUUGGAUAUGUCAAAUUCAUCUCCUGCUCAUGUUAAGUUGGUUAUUACAGAGAGGGAAUUGAAAGAUUGGCACUUGAAAAAUUCUAUCAAAGAUGAGCCUUUGAAUAAGUAUGAAUCAUUUUCCAAGAAUGGAAAUGUUGCUGAAAGUUGUGACCCCAAGAAGGGUUCCACCAAGAAGUCAGCUAGGUGGCGAGAAAUGUUCAAUCUCUUUGGUAACAAGCAGAAACUCAAUAACAAUAAGGGAGAAACCCGAAAAGGACAAGGAGAAAGUGUUAUUUCAAUCACUGAUACUAAUGAGAAGCAAGGAGAAAAGGGUUAUGAUAAUGUAAAAGAGGCUGCUCAAUGGAGGCUUACACGCAGCAGCAGCAUUAUUGGGGCUAGAAAAUCGUGCAGCAGCUCUUAUAUUCCUGCUAGGAAUUCCUGCAGCAGCACUUUCGAUCAGCCUAGGAAUUCGUGUGACAUGACUGAAUUAAAUUACAGUAAGAAGAAAGUCGCUGAACGUGCUGCUGCCUCUGCUAACUUUGGCAGGGAUGCUUCUAUGCUGGAGAGGAACAAGAGUGUCAAAUACUCUUCGAAUGACAUUGAUAAUGGUACGUUGCCAUUUUAUUUGAUGCCAUUGAGGACUUCUAGGAGUCGUGAAUUCAGUGAGAAUAAGCUACCAAAGCCCCUGCACGCCACUGGCAAUGCUUUGCACUGAACUGAAAGGAAGAUACUAAAUGUAGUUCAUCACGUAUCUGAUUUUGUAAAGAACAAUUUGUACUUGUCUCUAUUGGCAUACCUUGUUAUAUUUGGCAAUAUCAAAAUGCUUUCUUUAUAAUGGUUAGCUCAAAUUUGUACUUCUA